AUGAGGUUUGGAGAUUCGUGGGAUGCCGGCCACCUCUUUCCACCCCGAGAGUUGGUACUCACCCGGACGGACACGCAGCAGUACGAGACACUGGCCGACCAGCUCGUAGCUGAGACCGUACAGACCAGCGAGGAUUUCAUCUCCAAUCACCGAGCCAUCGAUAUGGAGCGAUGGAAAAUCGUUAUGGAGAAAGGCAGUAUGACGGCGUACCGUUCCCGGUCACGCGGCCAGCGCCGCGCACGACGUGACCGACUGGAGACGGAAGAAGCGGUCGAGUCGUCAUUCGUGCACAGGCCGAAGCUCUACUCGACCGACAGCUCGUUGAGCGACUUGAUGGGUCGUAGCCACACGCACCUGUCGUACGAGGACGACUCGUCCUCGCUCGGAAGCUCAGACUACUACGAGAACAGCAGAAUAGAUGGCGAGACGCCUGAACAGAGCGUACUAGGCAAGUCCCGACCACCGAACACGCCCAUGGUAUUCGGCGGUGAACGCAGCAUUAUGCGCGCGGCUACCAACAAGGACAUGAACGUAAAGGACUUGCGCAUCUUGGCGCAGAUCCGCGGUCCCACACAGCACGAUCCAUACCGGUUUCUUGGUAUCAAGUGGAGCUCCUACCGAGCAGGUGGCGUCGUAGCUAAGCCACGCGAUGUGGUAGUGAUCGAGUCUACAGGUAUGACGAUGGACGCGAACGGAGAACGCGUAUUCUACUUUUUGAACCAUUCGGUGGAGAUCGAGGAGGUUCCGGAAUACAAGAAACAAGGCCUGGUACGUCUGCGAACGUCCAGUUGCCGAAUCGUGCGUGCGUUCAACAACCAGGGCGAAGUGGAGGUGUAUUUCCGUGGAUACUGCAACGCCGGCGGUCACUUCAGUACCGGGGCAUCCACUCAACUGUUGUGUGAGGGUUUACUCGAUACGGCUCUGGUGGUAGAGGAGUCGUAUCUAAGAAAACUGGCGUGGUUCGUCCAUGCGUACGCUCGACGACAGAACUGCCACGAGGGCGACGACCCGCACGAAGGCUGCGCGUGUUGUCAUAAACUCCCUACCAAAGGCUUCAAGAAGCUGCUCGAGAGCAACUCGACGUGCUUCUUGUGUCGAUGUAAAGUCUGCAAGAAAUGCACCGUCAAGAAGAACCUCCCCAUCGAUAUGGCCAGUAAGAAGAGCCUCGACUUUUGCUUAACUUGCUACCUGAAAGCAAAGAAGCUGUCGGCGCUAAGAGUUGCAGUGGCAACGUUGCCAAAGUAG